AUGACAAAUAAUUACAUAUUUCAUUUAGAAUAUAACACCAAGCUCUGUUUCAUUUUUGCAGAUCUGAAGGUUACAGUAUCAGACUCGGAGAGCUACAAGUCACUGAGCUGCAUCACCACCUGCCCCUACAACCCCACGUAUGUCUGGUACAGGAACGGACAGUUUAAAGUUCAUCAGGACAGAGGUAAACUGUAUGUCAGUAGUGAGGAAUCAGGAAGCUACUCCUGUGCUGUAAGAGGACACGAGGAGCUUCGCUCUCCUGCUGUCUGUGUUUUUGAUGAGAAGAGCUGCUGGAGUGUGACGUACUCCACCCAGAAUAUCUGCUCUCUGAUUGGCUCAUCAGUGGACAUACUCUGUGAUUUCACGUUUACUGAUCAUAACAAGGUCACAAAAGUGUUCUGGUUCAUUAAAGAUCAGGCUGGUGUUGAACCUGUGGAUGUGAGAGAGGAUGAGGAGUAUCAGGGCCGAGUGCAGUACACACAGAUCUCCCAGAAUAACUGUAGACUGAGAAUCACUAACCUGAGAGAGAGAGACGCUCAGACAUACAGAUUCAGAUUCUACACUGAUGUUGGUAAAUACACCGGUGAUCCUGGAGUCUCUCUGUCUGUCACAGAUCUGAAGGUUACAGUAUCAGACUGGAGAGAGCAGUACAUGAAUCUGAUCUGCAUCACCACCUGCACUCUGUCUAACAACCCCACUUACAUCUGGUACAAGAACGGACAGCGUGUGUCUGAGUGUAAAUCUGCCUCCUGCUCUGUAGCUGCAGUCGGUGGUGCGGUCAGUUACAGCUGUGCUGUUGAAGGCCAUGACAGUCUCCUCUCUCCUCCAGUGUAUUCCCCUAAAAACACCAGAGCAGUGGUUCUUUCCUCUGGAGACACAGUGGAGGGGGAUUCAGUGACUCUGAGCUGUAGCAGUGAUGCAAACCCUCCUGUUCUCACCUACUCCUGGUUUAAACAGAGAGCAGCUGCAGACACACUGCUGACAACAGGCCAGAAUUACAACAUCAGCAACAUCAGCUCCCAGCACAGCGGACUGUACUACUGCACUGCUCACAACCGGCUGGGACAGCACAACUCUACACCAACACACCUGGAUGUGAAGGGUAACUCUACACCAACACACCUUGAUGUGAAGGGUAACUCUACAUCAACACUCCUGGAUGGGUCAGAUAAUUACACAGUGUUAAUGCUCAUCAUGGUGGGACUGGUCGCCUUCCUGGCAGUAACACUCCUCUCAGGAGCUCUGUGGAUGUGGAAGAGGAAGUCGAGCUCAGCUAAUGGCCACAGCAGCACUGGUGAGAGUGGACAGCGUCACUCUCCUGCUGUUUAUGAAAAUGUCUCAGCCUCAGACCGCAGUGGAAGAGUCGCCUCAGAUGAUCAGGAUGACGUUCACUAUGCCAGUGUUGUCUUUAAAAACUCCCACACACAUGAAGUGUCUCCAUCACCCAGACUUCCUCCAGACACCACAGAGGACGAGGAUGUUCAGUACGCUGCUGUGAACGUUAGCAGGAGCACUGCUGCCAUCCAGCUUGUAACAGACGAAGCGGCUGAUGAUCCGUCUCAGUUCUACAGCAAGAUCCAGAAUCUCCCCACUUCAGCAGUGUAG